AUGAACGCGGUCGAUGCUUCCGAGCACUACGACAAGCCGUCUCACUCAACAGAACAAUCGCCCUCACUGUUGACAAUCAUCAUCGACACCAACCCAGCGGCAUGGGCGUUGCUGUCGUCGACGCUUCCUCUAUCAAGCGCCGUCGCCAGUCUCCUAGUUUUUAUCAACGCCCACCUAGCGGCAAACUAUACCAACAAGGUCGCCGUCAUCGCCUCUCAUUGCGACAAGGCACAAUGGCUCUACCCGUCGCCCACAGAGCAAAGACUCCCGCGAUCGGCAGCAGACCGACAUCACGCAAAGCGCCAGUCCCAAGCAGGAGACCAGCUCCGGGACACGCACCUCUCCGACUCGGCGAAAAGACUUAAAUUAAACGGCCCGUCAUCAGAUACCACGAGUAUCAGACUCAACGUGAAGCCGUUCUCGUCCUCGGUGCAAAGCGGCAGCAAGUACCGCCCCUUCCGACUCGUCGAGGAAGAGCUCCUCCACAACCUGACGCUCCUCCUCUCCUCGACAUCCCCGGAAGCCAUCACCUCAAGCACGUCGACCAUGAUCGCCGGCGCCCUGACCCUCGCCCUAUCCUACAUCAACAGGGAAUCCAUCCUGCUGUCCGAAUCCCUGAUCGGCACAUCCUCCCUCAACACAGGCACCGCAGACGGCCCGGGCGCCGGCCCCGGCACAACUGAAGGAGCCCCUCAAACACUCCAAUCCCGCAUUUUACUAGUUUCAGCCUCUCCCUCCACGGACCUAGCCCAUCAAUACAUCCCCAUCAUGAACGCCAUCUUCGCAUGCCAGAGGCUCUCGGUCCCGAUCGACAUCCUCCAACUACCUCUCCCUCCCAUACACUCAGACCUGCCGUCAACCACGCGAGCACCAACCGGGGAUCCCCCAAAUUCAAAUUCAAACUCAAAUUCAAACUCGACAGUCUUCCUCCAACAAGCCGCCGACGCGACCCACGGGAUCUUCAUCCCCGCUCAUCUCUCCCCUGCAAACACCACCUCUAACCACUCCCAGUCCGCGGCCACCAACGCCCAGACAACAGCCUCCCAAGCCCUCCUGACGUACCUGCUCACCAGCUUCCUCCCCUCCCCCUCGACCCGCACCGCGCACCUGAUCCUCCCGACGCGCAUAGACGUCGACUUCCGCGCGGCGUGCUUCUGCCACCGCAACGUCGUCAGCGUCGGGUUCGUGUGCAGCAUUUGCUUGAGUAUCUUUUGCGAGCCACCCGAGCGGGGCGAGUGCUUGACGUCUGGGACCGUGUUGGCUGUGAGUGAUGGGGUGGGGAGGCGGCCUGUGGUGGCUGGUGGUGGCAAAAAGAAGACCAAGAAGACACAGGCUCAGGGUGCGAGGUGA